AUGGUUAGAAAGUAGCAAAACAAAACAAAAACUAAAAUGUGCAAAGGGAAGGGGCUAGAAUGAAUGCAACAUACCCUAACAUGUAUGAGUUAGCUUCUUCAUUCAAAGACAAAGUGCACCAUGACCAAACAAAAGCAUUAUUACGUAGAUUGAAUGAAUUCCCAUUAUGAAUUGAAAAAGUACUGAACAGAACAGAGGAGGUAAAAAUAGUCAAAAAGGAAGAAAUAAAUGGACACUGAAUAAUGUAGCACAAGAGUCAGUCAGUUGUCCUCUCCUCUAGAAUAAAGAAAGACAUUUGAAAAGGGUAAUUUGGGUAAUUUUUAUAUUUUCCAUUUUUCAGACAAUUGCCUUCUUUAAAUUACGAUCUCUUCUCUCAUCUCUCACACUUAUCUUUCUCUUUCUCUUUUUUUUUUCUCAUUUUGAAAACCCUCUUUGGCUUGGCCAUGACAAGCUCCUCCGCUGCUUCUCGCAAGGCUCUGAGUAAGAUCGCUUGUAAUCGUCUUCAAAAAGAGCUUGUUGAAUGGCAAGUUAAUCCACCCUUUGGGUUUAAACAUAAAGUUGCUGAUAAUCUCCAAAGGUGGGUAAUUGAUGUUAAUGGAGCAGCUGCAACUCUUUAUGCAAAUGAAACUUACCAGCUUCAAGUUGAUUUUCCUGAACAUUACCCUAUGGAGGCACCACAGGUUAUUUUUCUAUCACCUGCUCCACUGCAUCCUCAUAUUUACAGCAAUGGUCACAUAUGUUUAGAUAUUUUGUAUGAUUCGUGGUCCCCAGCCAUGACUGUUAGUUCCAUUUGUAUCAGCAUUCUCUCCAUGCUAUCAAGCUCCACGGCGAAGCAACGUCCUGCUGACAACGAUCGCUAUGUAAAGAACUGUAGGAACGGUAGAUCUCCCAAGGAGACUAGAUGGUGGUUCCAUGACGACAAAGUAUAAAACCUAACUUAACCGAUGCCACACCUUCUUGUAGCAAUUAAAGAAGAUAAAAUCAAAUAGUAACUUUCACUGGGAAGAUAACAAAAAUCACAAUGCAGUUUGUUCCCGUCCGCUAAAAAUUUGGGGCUAUAAGAACCCAAGUAUUUGAUGAGGUGGUGUAUAUUUAUGUGUCCUAGUGUAUUUUGUAAAGAAAUGAGCAGUCUGUUGUUGUGUUUUAGCAAAAAUGUAUGUCAUAAAGAAGGUCAGAACAAAACCAGAUAGGUUGUUGCUAUGAGUAAUUUGGACAGAUAUUCUCUUUCACGUAUUAACUUAUCUUCUCUAUCUCUGAAACCUGAACUCAUUGCUCUUAUGAACUAUGAAUUGUGUUGUCAAA